AUGGCCGCCAAACUCCAGAUCACCAUCCACAAAGCCCAGGAUCUCGAGGAUGUCGAGCGCUUCGGCAAGAACGACCCCUACGCCCGUAUUGCCCUCGACGCCGCCGUCGAUGCCGACUUCCAGAGGACCAAGACCAUCCCCAACGCCGGCAAGAACGUGUCCUGGGAGGAGACCUUAACCAUCGCCAACUUCAACCCUCAGACCCAACACACUCUCUUUGUCGAGGUCCUCGACAGGGAGCGCCACGACGACGACCUCAUUGCCUUCACUGGUAUCCCUCUCCAACAGGUCCUCUCUGCCCCCGACCAAGCCUUCCGCGGCCGCUUUGACCUCUUUAAGCACAUUGGCAGCAAGAAGGGCGAAAUCACCUUGUCGAUUGUCGUCAUCCCUGCGGGCAAGACCGAGGCUCCACUCCCCGGAAAUGAGAAGCAGGGUCAGUCUCAGUUCUACUCGGCCCACCAUGAGCGUCUCAAGGUUGUGUUCCCCAAGCAGUAUGUCCCCGAUGGCGAGCUUCUCAAAUUGAUCAAUGCUCAGCCCGCCCAUGUUCGCGAGGAAGUCAGUCAAGAUGGAGUCAAGGAUGCGGUAAAGGCGGUCAAGAAGGCGAUCAAGGAUGCGGUCAAGGAGUCGGUCAAGAAAGCGAUCAAGAAGGCGAUCAAGAAGGUGGUCAAGAAGGCGGUCAAGAGGCGGUCAAUGUAG